ACCAUUGCGAGCUGAUCGAGCUAGCUGCAAUGGCGGUUUACUACGAGGGGAAGAUCAAGAAGGCGCUGUGCGGGGCGCUGCUGCUGCUCUCGCUGAUGGCGCUGUCGUCGUCGGUCGCCGCCGCCGACGGCGGCGACGCGCCGCCGUCCGCGCAGGUGUCGCCGUCGACGGCGUGCAACGACACGACGGACCCGACCUUCUGCCGGACUGUGCUGCCGCCGCGCGGGUCCAGCGACCUGUACACGUACGGCCGCUUCUCGGUCGCCAGGUCGCUGGAGAGCGCCCGGAGGUUCGCGGCACUCGUGGACAGGUACCUCGCCCGCCACCGCGGCCUCUCGCCGGGGGCCGUCGGCGCGCUGCGCGACUGCCAGCUCAUGUCGGAGCUCAACAUCGACUUCCUCGCCUCCGCCGGCGACGCGCUGAGGAGCACGGACACGCUGCUCGACCCGCAGGCCGACGACGUGCACACGCUACUGUCGGCGAUCCUCACCAACCAGCAGACCUGCCUCGACGGCCUGCAGGCCGCGUCGUCGGCGUGGUCGGAGCGCGACGGCGGCCUCGCCGAGCCCAUCGCCAACGGCACCAAGCUGUACAGCCUCUCGCUGUCGCUCUUCACCAGGGCGUGGGUGCCCACGGCCAAGGGCUCCAAGCACGGCGGCGGCGGCAACAAGAAGCCGCACCACGGCCACGGCCACGGGAAGAAGCCACCGGCGGCCGCGACGGCGAACAGGCGGGGCCUGUUCGACGUGACCGACGACGAGAUGGCACGGCGCAUGGCGAUCGAGGGGCCCGAGAGGACGGUGGCGGUGAACGGGGUGGUGACGGUGGACCAGGGCGGCGCCGGGAACUACACGACGAUUGGGGACGCCGUGGCGGCCGCGCCGAACAACCUCGACGGCAGCACCGGGCACUACGUCAUAUACGUGCUCGCCGGCGUGUACGACGAGAACGUGGUGGUGCCCAAGCACAAGAAGUACAUCAUGAUGGUCGGCGACGGCAUCAGCCACACGGUGAUCACCGGCAACCGGAGCGUCGUCGAUGGCUGGACCACCUUUAACUCCGCCACCUUCGCUGUGGUGGGGCAAGGGUUCGUGGCGAUGAACAUGACGUUCCGGAACACGGCGGGGCCGUGGAAGCACCAGGCGGUGGCGCUGCGCUCCGGCGCCGACCUGUCGGCGUUCUACGGGUGCAGCUUCGAGGCGUACCAGGACACGCUGUACACGCACUCCCUCCGCCAGUUCUACCGCGGCUGCGACGUCUACGGCACCGUCGACUACGUCUUCGGCAACGCCGCCGUCGUCUUCCAGGGCUGCGCCUUCCUCUCCCGCCUCCCCAUGCCGGGCCAGAGCAACACCGUCACGGCGCAGGGCCGCUCCGACCCCAACCAGAACACCGGCACCUCCAUCCAGGGCUGCUCCCUCCUCGCCGCGCCGGAGCUCGCCGCCGCCGCCUCCGCCGGAGGAUACCGGACGCUCACCUACCUCGGCCGGCCGUGGAAGAACUACUCCCGCACGGUGGUCAUGGAGUCCUUCGUCGGCGACCUCGUCGACCCGGCCGGCUGGAUGCCGUGGGCCGGCGACUUCGCCCUCGACACGCUCUUCUACGCCGAGUACAACAACUCCGGCCCCGGCGCCGACACCAGCCGCCGCGUCACGUGGCCGGGCUUCCACGUCCUCGGCACCGGCGCCGACGCCGGCAACUUCACCGUCACCAGCAUGGUGCUCGGCGACAACUGGCUGCCGCAGACCGGCGUUCCCUUCACCAGCGGCUUCAUCACAUCCAAUUAAUUGCACCUCACGGCUCCUUCGCAACACAUAAUUUUACAGGAUUUUCACAUGAAACAGUUUAAUUUCAACAGAAUUCCUCUAAAUCGAAUAGACCCUGAAAUCUAGCUAGAUAUUAACGGACGGAUAGUUAACUAUUACUACUUCAUAUCAGCAUAAUUUCAUAUUUAUUAUGAUCAUAAAUGGGAGCAUUUGUGAGCGACUCCUCGAGUGAGAUGGUGAAUUAAGAGGCAUAUUGUGUGCAAGAGUAAAGAGGAGUAUAGUACUAGUGGAGCAAUGCUACUUCAGCAUUAGCAGAUGAGAUAGAGGGUUGCACUUUGUACUACAUUCCAUGGAAAUAUAUAUAUUUGUGGUUC